AUGGCGCCUGGAAAUUCAGACGAUCCUCGUGCAGAGCCGUCGAGCUAUGGCUCAGUGAGAAUGCCCACGCCCGCAGCGUCAAAUUCAAAUUCGUACGACCCUGGACACCUCGGUCUGGGCAAUGCGAUCGUUGAUCCAGAGCAUCUGGGCAGAGAAAGAUCCUCCUCAUUCUCGCGUAUCCGCCAAGUGGGCGGGCCCAACAGUAUCGACAACUUUGCCCGCUCGUGGCAAAGAGCUGCCGGUUUCCCCGAGGUUAUCCCUCGACGCUUGUCCUUUGUGUCUGCAGACUUGGACGACGAGCUUGCCAUUUCGGCGGGCCUGGAUUAUGGCUCUCGGAGCUCGCAGUCGUGGGGCCGGCAAUCCGACAUUGAGCGGCCGCUGCUGUCCGACUCGGAAGGUGAAGAUUCGGAGCAGGAGGAUCUGGGUGCGCCGGGGCGACAAAGGAGGACCGGCCCGAACGCGGCUCUACUGGCAUCGUCGUUUGAGAGAAGCUUUGCCGCUUCGUACGGGACGAUCUCCUCGCGGGUCAGCGAGUCAACUCGCCGUAAUGCGAUCCAGUUCCACCGCGAACAGCACCAGGCACUUGCGGAUGGCACCGAGGAUUCUGAUCGGGCGCCGUUGAUCCUCAAGCAUGUGGAGCAUGAGGAUGGGACACACGAGGAUAUCAUCAUCGGGCAGUCUACCGUGCCUCAAACGGUUUUCAACUCGGUAAACGUGUUGAUCGGUAUUGGCUUGUUGAGUCUGCCAUUGGCGAUGAAGCAGGCUGGCUGGUUGCUGGGACUGUCGUUUCUGACCUAUUCGGCUGUGACUACUUCAUAUACGGCCAAGGUUCUGGCCAAAUGCUUGGACGUGGAUAAGACGCUGGUCACCUAUGCUGAUCUGGCCUAUAUCAGCUUUGGGCAACAGGCUCGUCUUGUGACGAGUAUUCUCUUUUGUUUGGAACUACUUGGUGCAUGUGUCGCUCUCGUGGUGCUGUUUGCAGACAGCUUAUACGCACUGGUACCUGGCCUGAGCAUUCUAGAGUGGAAGAUUGUCUGUGGCCUGGUACUGGUCCCGUUGAACUUUUUGCCGCUGCGGUUCCUCAGCGUGACCAGCAUCUUGGGCAUUGUGUCCUGCACAUCCAUCGUGAUUCUUAUCUGCGUCGAUGGCCUGAUUAAACCAGAUAGCCCGGGCUCGCUGCGACAGCCAGCGAACACCUACCUCUUUCCGGAAAAGUGGUCCACAGUUCCUUUGAGUUUUGGUCUCAUCAUGUCCCCCUGGGGUGGACACGGUGUCUUUCCUAAUAUUUACCGCGACAUGAGACACCCAAAGAAGUAUGGGAAGAGUCUCUGGACAACAUACAUUUUCACUUUCUCUCUUGAUUGCUCUAUGGCUAUUAUCGGCUGGCUCAUGUUUGGAGAUAUCGUCCGUGAUGAAAUCACAGCUAAUAUCCUCACGGUGGAUCAGUAUCCACAGGCCUUGUCCGUUUGUAUCAUCAUCUUCAUCGCAAUUAUCCCCUUGACCAAAGUGCCUUUAAACGCCCGUCCUUUGGUGGCCACCUUUGAAGUCCUCUGUGGCGUAGGCCUCGCACCCGUGAAUGGUGAUCGCCAGCGCUCAGAGGCAGUCCAGAAGCUGAUCCAAGUCGCUGUGCGCAUCUUCACUGUGGCUUUGAUCGUCGUGUUGGCCGUGGUCUUCCCCUCGUUCGACCGCAUUAUGGCCUUCCUCGGUUCAUUUCUGUGUUUCACCAUUUGCAUCAUCUUCCCACUCGCCUUCUACCUGAAGAUCUUCGGGAAUGCAAUCCCUCGACGUGAGCGCAUCCUGGAUUGGUUCCUGCUCAUCACGUCUACCAUCCUGGCGGCGAUCGGAACUGUCUGGGCAUUCCUGCCUCGCGAAAUGAUUUCCGAAGAUUGA